UUUCUCUCUCUCUCCCUUCAUUACACUUUUUUAUCUAACCGGGAACCUUCUCCUUCGCUCCAUCCGACGACCCACGCGCGUCCACGUCCUCGUCGUCUUCUUCGCCCACCCUUCCCCUUCCCCCAUCUCAACCCCCCUCUAUAAAUAACCGCCCCCACGCUUCUCUCCUUCUCCGCUAUGGCCUUUUAGGGUUUCCACAAAUACCGAAAGACCUGGUCGAAUCCUUCGAUUUUGACGGCGGCAUCCCUCGCUUCUUCCUACUGGUUUUUUUGUUUUUGGGGGUGUUGUUGGUCGCCGAUAUUGAGGAGUCCGUGGUGGGUUUGUGUUUUCUUGGGGCGCCAUGGCGAUUGUGAAGAAUAGCUUUAAGGUUUCGAGGUUGGACGGCGAUUCCUCGCCGGGGAGUCGGGGCAGUGUGUCGAGCGAGGACGACGACGACGAGGUCCGGACUCGGAGCUCGGCGUCGGACACGGAUGUCUCCGAUGUCUCGGAUGUGGACUCUGGGAUGGGAUCCGACGAGCUUGAUAUCUCCGAGGUUGGGGAGGCCGGGACCGAGUUUUGCCAAGUGGGUAACCAGAGCUGUAGCAUCCCGCUGGAGCUCUACGAAUUUCCCGACUUGGGGGCGGUCCUCUCGCUGGAGACCUGGAACGAGUGCCUUACGGAGGAGGAGCGGUUCGCGUUGGCUGAGUACCUCCCUGAUAUGGACCAGGAGACGUUUGGCCGGACUCUCAAGGAGCUCUUCUCGGGACAAAACUUCCACUUUGGGAACCCGCUGGUUGAGCUCUUCAAUCGGCUGAAGGGUGGGCUUUGCGACCCAAGAAUUGUUCUUUACCGCCGGGGUGUGAACUUCUUACAGAGGCGGGAGCACUACCAUCACCUGCGCAAGUAUCAGAAUGCUAUGGUAGGAAGCCUUAUUCGGAUAAGGGAUGCUUGGCAGAACUGUGGAGGGUAUGGCAUCGAAGAAAGGCUUCGGCUGUUGAAUAUCCUGAGGAGCCAGAGGCCUUUGCAUUAUGAGAGGGACGGAGAAAUGGGGUCUGAGACAGAUUCAGAAAGUGGAGAUUCUGGUGAUCAUCACUGGACUAGAAGGUUUAAGAUGGAUCGGCGGGCAGUGCUGCCAUCAAGGCCUUCCUUUGAUAUAUUAUCUCAUGGGAGUGGCAUGCCAAUGGAGCAGAUGAAUUUUGGGAAAGAGAACUCCAAAGGGGUGUUGAAGGUUGCUGCUCCCAAAGUCUCUGCGCCAAAGGAGUACUUUGGAGUGGCGGGUCAGUAUCCUUCUGCUGCUAAGCAUAGUGUGGAGGCAAAGACUAGACCACCCAAGACGCUCUUAGCUCUUCCACGGCUGGAUCAGGUUGCAGGGUAUGAUUUGGGUAAUUCCCAAAGGGCUAGACAUCAGAUGAGUGGUGAUGAGGAUGAUUUGGAGGAGCAAGGUUAUGAGAUGGGCUUGCAGGGAGACUGGAAUGCAGUUCGUGGAAAUGCACCGGCCAGGGCUAAUUUGCUGAAACCUGGAAAGCAGGAAUUACUAAAAAGAUAUGGCAGAGGUAUAUUUGAUGAUGAUGUCCCUGAAGGUUAUGAUGGGUUGUCUUAUUAUCAAGGUAGGAGCAGGAAUUCUGAUCAGGUGGUCACUAUAGCUUCUUACAAUCAUCAGUCUCUUGAAACCAUAAAGAAAGCUAAGUAUACCGAAGAGUGGGCACAUCCUGCUAGAGAGCGGCCUUAUAAUCAAGCACUGAAAGGAAGUCAGGUUGACCGGUUAGCUGGCAGUCAGCCCUUUCGGCAUAAGAAAAUGCUUGAAGCCAUUUCUGUGGAUAGAGGCAAGAAAUGGAAAGUUGCGGACGAGUAUAAAAUUGGCAAAAGUAAAGCUGGGUAUGAUUCAAAAGUCAAGUCUUAUAAAACUAUUCCAGCACAGAUGGAUGACUCAUGCUUCCUCUCUGAUCUUAGAGCCAAAACAUUACAAGGGAAGAUAAAAAAUAAGUCUGCUCGGUAUGAGGAAAUGAGUAUGGGCUAUGCAAGAGGUGCUACCAUGUAUGCUCAGAGUGAGGAGACAGAAUCUGAUUCAUCAGACCAGGUUGAGGAAGAUGGAGGUAUUGAUCCUUCAGUGAGGAAGUUGGGGCAUUUAAGUGGUGAUGUAGAGGUCCAUCGCCCAGGAGUCAUCAAAUCAUUGUAUGAUUCAAAAAAGGCCAACAAGCUUGCAAAGAUGGACAAAAAAGCAUAUUCCCAUUUUCCUGAUGGAGCCACAAGCAUUUAUACACGAGAAGAAGAACCCUACCGUACAAAAGGGAAGGAGAAAGGUAAAACAAAUGACCCCAAUUACUUGAAUGAUGUUAAAUUGCUGAAGAAGGGCCAAGUGCCACAAUCUAAAGAGAGGUUACAACCGCCAUUGCCGAAGACUUAUAAUACAGAGAAAAAGCAUAUAGGAAUGAUUGAUCUGGACAAUUCUUCACCUCAGCCAAAUUACUUGCGUGAUUAUGGCAGUGGCAUGUUGGAUGAGCAGGAGGAGAAUUUGGAUGGAGGUUCCAAGUUACCGGGUGGCCGGAUGCAAGUCAACAAAUCAGGGAACAGAAAUCAACCUACUGAUGCUGAGGCUGAUUGUCAUGAAAGAUCAAACAUGUCCUUGUUAGGGUGCAACACUGUGAAGAAGAAGCCGAAAGUGAAGCCUGAACGUAUGUAUGUUGACAAGCCAGAUGAACCUCUUUACCAACAUUCUAGUCCAAAGCAGCAGAUCGAUGACCAGAGUGUCAUGAAGAAGAAGGGAAAAAGAAAAGCAGAUGCUGCAUCUGAUUGUCUGACCGUGGCAACUCCUGAGCCAACCAUUCUAGAUAAAGGAACAGCAGAUGUAGGGCCAGAGGGAAAGUUGCAAAAGAAACCAUUUACCCUGAUCACACCUACAAUUCACACUGGUUUUUCAUUUUCCAUCAUACAUCUUCUUUCAGCUGUCCGGAAAGCAAUGAUUACUCCUAAUACAGAAGAUUCUGCAGUGAUGGCAAAGCAUCAUGAAAAGAAUGAUGGUAGACCAAAACUAAUGAGAGGAGAGCAGAGCAAUUUGCGUCAAGUGGCCAAUGGCACACAGAUGCCCCAUUCUCAUGAGAAAAUGGAUGGACAUACUUUGGAGCACGCUGGUCAGAAUAAUUUACCUUCUCUUACAGUUCAAGAGAUUGUUAAUCGGGUUAGAUCAAAUCCAGGAGAUCCGUGCAUUCUCGAAACACAGGAGCCACUUCAGGAUUUAGUCCGUGGAGUGCUAAAAAUAUUUUCAUCUAAAACAGCACCUUUAGGAGCAAAGGGUUGGAAGGUGCUUGUAUUCUAUGAGAAAUCAAACAAAAGCUGGAUGUGGGUUGGUCCCGUUAUUGCUGGUUCAUCUGAUAGUGAUGCUGUUGAAGAGGAGACUUCUGCUGAAGCUUGGGGUAUUCCCCAUAAGAUGCUGGUGAAGUUGGUUGAUGCAUUUGCUAAUUGGCUAAAAUCUGGUCAGGAGACCCUUCAGCAAAUAGGAAGCCUUCCAGCACCUCCAAUAUCAAUACUGUCAAACUUGGAUGAGAAGGAAAGGUUCAAAGAUUUAAGAGCCCAGAAGAGUCUAAGUACUAUAAGCCCAAGCUCUGAUGAAAUGAGGGCAUAUUUCCGUAAAGAGGAGCUUUUAAGAUAUUCUAUUCCAGAUCGGGCCUUUUCCUACACUGCCUCUGAUGGGAAAAAAUCUAUUGUUGCUCCGCUAAGAAGAGGUGGUGGAAAGCCAACAUCCAAAGCUCGGGAUCAUUUUAUGCUUAAGCCUGAUCGCCCACCUCAUGUUACUAUUCUUUGUCUUGUACGUGAUGCAGCUGCCAGAUUGCCUGGGAGUAUUGGAACUAGAGCAGAUGUUUGUACUCUUAUUAGGGACUCACAAUAUAUUGUUGAAGAUGUCUCUGAUGCACAAGUUAACCAAGUUGUUAGUGGGGCCCUAGACCGGUUGCAUUAUGAACGUGAUCCUUGUGUACAGUUUGAUGGUGAUAGAAAAUUGUGGGUUUAUCUGCAUAGAGACAGGGAGGAGGAAGAUUUUGAGGAUGAUGGUACCUCUUCCACUAAGAAAUGGAAAAGGCAAAGAAAAGAUGCUACAGAUCAAUCAGAAAUGGGAGCAGUUAAUGAUGGAAGCUAUCAUGCAACUGGAGAUCCAAAUGUAGGUGGUUCUACUGCCGGCUAUGAUUAUGAUCCUGAUCCUAAUAUUGAGCCAUCAUCCAUCAAAGCAGGGGAGACAUCUGAACUUGUUUAUAAUGAUUCGAGGCCUGAUAUGGAGAACAUCCAGUCUUUUGUUGAUUCUAAGCCAGGUACCAGGAACCAAGGCAGUUCACUGAGUUGGGAGGCUCUUGGGAUGAAUCCCCUCCGGGAAGACAAAAUGCUAUGUCAAGAGAACUCCACAAAUGAAGAUUUUGAUGAUGAAGCUUUUAGCAGAGAAAAGCCAGUUGGGCUCAUGAGUACAGGGUUGUUUUGAAGAAUGGAUGGUCCAUAAUCAAUAACUAUGUGUUCAUUGCAGAACAGAUCUAGGUCGUCUGAGACUGAAUAUCUUUUGGUUGCCAUGAUUGGAUGGAGUUGGAAACGAGGAGAUGGGAUGAGGGAAUAUAAAGAUCUGAGAUAAAGAGAAGAUAUCGCUGAAGAUGUUGGGAAGUCCUACCCAUUUCACUACUCAGUUCAACAUUUUCCCAAUUGAAGGUGUAGUAAAAAAAUAUUGUGACUGCUGUACUAGAGCGUUUAAAUGCCAUAACAUGAUCUCCACUAUAUAGAGGAAAUUGAAAAUUAAUCAAGGUCACUUUGCCAACAUCUUCCUGCCCUGGUCAACUUGCUGAUCCUGAGACCAUGAUCUCAUGUACUUCUCUGCUAGUACUGUAGGCAAGGAUGAGAUCGGGCUUCCAAGCCCCUAUGGGAAGGUGAUAGAUGACUUGGGACGGUAUAAAUGGGGACAACAAGCCUCUCAGGAUACAAAGGCAGUUAAGUUACUGGUGCAGGAUAGAAGCUGCACAACUACGUCACCUCUUAGGUCUCAAUUCUUUUGUAUUAUCUGUUUUGUGUUAUCUGCUGCCUUGGGCAGCCUUCUAGUAUCUUGAGAAGUUUAUUGCUGAACUGCUUAGGAGUCAUUAGAGAUAAGCUUAGGUAACUAUUAGAGGUACUCAUUUGAGUUGGAUUACCUAUUGUUGACAUCUACGCCCUGUGGUCUUAACACCUGCAACUCGAUGGUGAUUCUGAAGUUGCUGAAAUCUCUCACAUCUUCACCUUGACAUAUAUAACUAUGACUGCAAGAUGUAAAUUGACAUGCAAAUGAUCUCAGAAAAGUGGAAUUGGGGCAACACUUUACUUUCUGGUGUCAUCAAAGUUAAUGUUCAAUUUUUUUUUAAUCAAACAAAAUAGAGUUGUCAAUGUACAUAAGCAAUUUUUAUCAACCUGUUAGAAUUUCAUAUUCAUAAUGGAUCUUCGCUACAUGUUAUGACUGCAUUCUCAUUAUUGUUGUUUGCUUCCUCCAAAUGCCAACCUCUUCGUAUGUCUGAAGGUCAAAACCUAGUUCUCCAGCUUUUGUCUUAGGCAACCCAUUUCUUCUUUUAUUUAACUUAUCAUUUUGGUCUGUGUUUUUGUAAGUGUUGUAGGAUACACUAUUUUGCUCUGUGUCAGUGAAUGUGAUUUUGUUGGUUUUUUUUUAUUUUGAAGGUCUAAUAAGUAUUUAUAUGUCUAGAAGCAGGGUUCAGUAACUUGCCAUUGUCAAACUCUUUCACAGAUCAGAAAUUAUUUUUUCUUUCGUCCUUUUAUGCAUGGCUAGAAACCAUAUACUGUUAUUGAAAAUUUGUGUGUUCAUUUAUCCUCUGAUUGUAGUCACAAACUUUUCUGCAGUAU